UAGCCCGUACAGGUACCCUUUUAACACCCUCUCGUGCAUCCUAUGCUUGUUGCGCAAGAUGGAUCGGGGCUUGUCCAUUUAUCUGUGUUCUUUGGAAGAAAAUAACUCUGUGUCUAGUCGCAGUAAUGCACCGGUUUAUCACUAGUCAUCAUUGAGAAAAAGAGUACUGUUUCAUACCAUACAUACGCCUCCGAAGCCUACUCUUUCGUGUUUCAUCUCUGCGAGCUGCGAGCUAUGGGCGAGCUGGAAGCUGGAAGUUUUUUGUGUUUUCAUUUCUUCAAGUGCGGAGACGCGGAGGCCACCGCGCGGUGCCAAUCGGGGCGAUUUUGGCGGCAAAAGAGUGACCGCGAGAUCUACAUGUCUGAACAUGGUCUUCCAAGCGGGUCUCCUGCAGCGCCUGUCAGCGAAGCACAGCAGCAAAAAAACCGUAACCAAAAAAAAAAGAGGCGCGUUUUUGGUGGCGGCAGCAGGCGAGCCGCGAAGAACCUCAGGAGAAACCAAGCCAAGUACGAACAGGCGUCGGGGCAGUCUGUGUACGCCGCCUGCGCAGCGUCAAACACACGGCGUGCGGUCGAAAGGGGCGGUGUUGCCGCCGCACAGAAAGCGCUGACAGAAAAGGAGCAUGAGUUGGUCGAAAGUAAACAGCGCGAGGCGGCAAGCACCGCUGAGUGCAGCAUGGCUCAGGAGCUCGCGCGCGAGAGCACCGAGGCGCUAAAGGAGGAGAAGGCUAAGAGAGCAGAGGCAGAGCGGUCGCAGCAAGAGGCAGAGCGGAGGAAGCAAGAGGCUGAACGAGACAAGGCGAAGGCGGAGGCGGUGGGCGUAGAUGAUGGGUGCUUCCUCGCUGCUGCUGUUUUUUUCGCCAGCAGCAGGAGGAGCACUGCUUCCUCCAGCAGGAGGAGUCCGCGCGGUCCCACCGCCCGGCGGCUGUUCGAGUGA